CUGCAGCUAAAUGACGUCAAACUGCUACUUUAAAUACUGUAAACGGGUUUAUACGAAGUACAAGUACAACAGGAACUACCUUUGUGUAUUUUAAGUUGUAGUUUUCUGAAACAAUCUUCAUUCAAACACUCCGGGAAUGUUUUUUGUUGCCCGACAGAAGGUCAAAGGUCAGACAACCCGGAACAUCAACAAGGCAGACGGAGCCACCGACAUGUCCUCCGGUUUCCUGCCCGGCACCGGGCUGCUCGUGGCGGCCUUCGGGCUGCUGCUCCCCCGCCUGUCCUGCUCCUCUCUGGCGGACAUCCCGCACAUCGCCGCGUACUUCGGCACCAAGACCCGGUACGAGGACGUGAACCCGCACCUGCUGCGGGACGCGUUAUCCGUGAACAGGUCCGUGUUGAGACCUCCGGCCACGGAGCGCUGCUCCCCGGUCCACCUCACCGCGGUGGUCCGGCACGGGAGCCGCUACCCGACCGUUAAAAACAUCCGCAGGAUCCAGAGGCUGAGCGAGCUGGUCAGGGGCUCCGGGGUCUCCGGGGUCGGAUCCAGGGGCUCCGGGGUCUCCGGGGUCGGAUCCAGGGUCUCCGGGGUCGGAUCCAGGGGCUCCGGGGUCGGAUCCAGGGGCUCCGGGGUCUCCGAGGGCUGGCUGCAGGACAUCCAGAGCCGCUGGGAGAUGUGGUACCGCGAGGACAUGGACGGUCAGCUGGUGGCGAAGGGGCGGGACGACCUCCGUCAGCUGGCCCGGCGCCUGUCCGUCAUGUUCCCGUCUCUCCUGUCGGACAUGAGGAGGAUCCGCUUGAGGAGCAGCUCCAAGCAUCGCUGUGUGAGCAGCGUGGAGGCCUUCCAGGAGGGCCUGCAGCAGCACUGGGGAACCACAGACGUGCAGUACUUCCACCAGCUGGACGACGAGCUGCUGCGUUUCUUCGAGCGUUGCCGUGGUUACGUGGAGGCUGUGGAGAAGAACCGCACGGCGCUGCUGGAGGUGGAGAAGUUCAAACACGGGCCGGAGAUGGAGGCCGUGAGGAAGAGGACGGCCGAGAGGCUGGGCCUUCAUCCCCAGCUGCUCACGCCGGAUCUGGUUGAAGCGGCUUUCUUCUUGUGCUCCUACGAGCUCUCCAUCAAGGCUCUUCACUCUCCGUGGUGUUUCCUGUUCGAUGAAGACGACGCAAAGGUGUUGGAGUACAAGUCGGACCUGAAGCAGUACUGGAAGCGUUUCCAUGGUCACGUGAUCAACGGGCUGUCCAGCUGUCCUCUGUUCCAUCACGUCUUCAGGACGCUGGACAGAGCGGGACGACCCCGCAGGUCCACCGACGCGCCCCCCGAGCCGGCCUCCGUCCUGGUGGGUCACGCCGAGACGCUCCUCCCCCUCCUCUCCCUGCUGGGCCUCUACAAGGACCAGACUCCGCCCACCGCCGACAACUACCACUCGCAGCACGGUAGAAGCUUCCGGUCCGGCCUCAUCGUCCCGUACGCCGCCAACCUGCUCUUCGUCCUGUACGACUGCGAGCGAGGACCGCGGCUGCAGCUACUCGUCAACGAGUCGCCGGUUCGAUUCCCGGGGCUGGAGACGGAGGACGCGCCGCUGUACCGUGACGUCCGGGCCGCGUACCGCCACCUGCUGGACGGCUGCGACUUCCAGAAGGAGUGCGAGGGGACGAGCGGCCGGGGCCCGAACACCGAGCUCUGAAGCACAGCCACGAGGCCUUAAUCAAUAUAUUGAUUUCCUGUAACUCGUGUACAAGUACACGGAGGCAGUACUCCGAGUUCAAGUUAUGUUAUGAGAAAAAGGUUUAAAGCUAUUGCCCCGCCCCUUCGUGUCCACCAAAGACGUGACAACCAGUCAUCCUCUCUGCUGGACGCCGUUGAGCCUUUAAAGGGGUCACGUGACGCGAGACCAGGUUUCUGUAAUCCGGUUCAGUUUUUACAGAAACCUGAUCUUAAUAUUUCUACUUUUAAAAUCUCCUAAAGCUGCAAGUUCUUCUUGUUUUAGCAGAUUAAUGAGAAAAAAACACUUUAUAUAUUAUUUUAUCAUUGUUAUUUUAAAAGACGUAAAACCGUCAGAAAUGAGAUUUAAAUGUCAUAUAAUGAAGCGGUUUACUUUAUAAGUUCAGGGUUUAUUAGUUUUUAUUCUCUAUUUAUUUGUGAUGUUGUGAUUGUUUCAUUUAAAGCUGCAGUUCCUCUCACGGCCACCAGGUGCUGCUGUGAUCAACUGGCUGUGUGGAAGGUUUUCACAAUAAGAGUCCCGCUAAGGAGAUAAUGAGCUGGUCCUGGUCCUGGUCCUGGUCCUGGUCCUGGUCCUGGUCCUGGUCCUGGUCCUGGUCCUGGUCCUGGUCCUGGUCCUGGUCUUUCUUAAAGGGACGUCAGGUUUCACUUUGUGCUUUUUUUCCGCUCUGACUUCCUGUUUCUGCAGAACGAUGCCAAACGUUUUCACUUAAAGCUUUAAUAAACUUUUGUAUCACUUAA